GUCAGAUAUGAAAAAUUGCAAAUCUUAAGCCAGACGAAAAUUAGUUUUUGUAUUAAUAUUAAUUCAUUAUUUUUCUGAAGAUUUCUUUCCUAAUUCAUAGUGAACAUUAAAAAAUAGUGCUUCGUCCAAAAACAACAGUAGAAAUAAUGUCACUAUUUCGAAAGCCAAAGAAAAUUCAAAGACGAGUGUUUUCGAGCACCUUAGACGAUGAGGAUGAAAAUGCGGUGGAUGCAAUCGAAGCGGAUGUUGAUAGAGAGCAACCGGUGCAGAUUAACAAGAAAAGCAAAGAUGGGAGCAGCAAAAAGUCUAGUAAUAAAACAGAUAAAGUCGAGGAACCGAAACCAAAAGCGCUAUUGAGUUUUGCAGACGAUGAGGAAGAUACGGAGGUAUUUCAAGUACGCAAAUCAUCAAAUAGUAAAAAACUUAUGCGUAUGUUGGACCGAGAACGGCGCAGAAAGCGAAAAGAGGAACGGCAAAACACACAGUCAUUUGCAGAAAUUGGUAAUAGCGGUGGUGGUGGAGGUAGCGGCUUUACAGGCCGGCAACGAGAACGACAACAAUCGCAUGACCGCUUCGAAAAUGGAAAAUCUACCGAUGUCAGCAACAAUAAUAUUUCUCACAAUUUAGGUUCAACAACAUCUAGUAAUAAAUAUAAGGGUACAGCCACUUUAGCAACCACUGGCGAAAAAGCAGUAGGCACAGCCUCAGCAUCUGCUGUAGAACAGUGUAAAAGUAAAAAAUCUGAUAGUAUCCAAACAGAAAUACGCACAGACGACUUUGUGCUUGUUGUUAAAAAAUCUGAACCCGAUGUUAUCCUUAAUGGGCGUGCAGCAAUAUGUGCCGGUCGUAACGACAUGUCCGAAGAAGAUGAACCCGAAGAAGAGGAGGAUGAUCGAGAUAGCAAUCAUCGUUUCUCUAAGCCUGAGCAUUUGAAACAAAUGUUAGAAAGUGGUUCUAUACCGGACGCGGCAAUGAUACAUGCAGCUCGAAAACGUCGACAAAAAGCCAGAGAGCAAGGCGAUUUUAUACCCGUCGAAGAACCGAAAGCGCCCGUGAAGAAGGGCAGUCGGUUGGCGCGUGAAGAUGUGGAAGGUGAUAAUUCGGAUGAUGAGGAGAGAAUGGACAUGACAAUCAUGACUGGCAAGAAGGAACGUGAAGAACGGCGUGAACAAUUUUACGCCGUGGAAAACAACGAUUAUACCGAUGAGGAUUCCGAUCGCGAAAUGCAUGAAUGGGAAAAUCAACAAAUACGAAAAGGUGUUACCGGCGCACAACUGGUGAGUGCCCAACAUGAUGCGGUACUCUCCCGGUUUAUGAUAAAACCUGCUGCUACCAAUGCAUUGGAAUAUGUGGCAGAGGAACAAUCAACAUCGACACUACUAGAGCAGGCGUAUGCUAAGAGCGCAUUACAGAAGACACAACAAGUAUUGGGUGGAGCAACCAAGACGAAAAAGGAGAAGGGAAAAGCGGCAUCAAUGCGCACACCGAUGGAAAUACAUGAUGCCAUACUAACGCGUUUGACAAAGUUGCGAGAAGUUAACGAAAAGCACGUGUCUGAAAUCGAACGCAUAGCCAAAGAUUUAAAGGUAUUGAAACUUGAGGAAAUGGAUUGCACUCAAAAGGCACCAACAGCGGCGGCAAAGUAUCGUUUUUACCAGGAGCUUAAAUGCUAUGCUGCCGAUUUGGUGGACUGUUUGACUGAAAAGACUCCGAUAAUCAGUGAUUUAGAGAAACGCACCUUACAAAUAUAUUCAAAACAUCAACAUUUCCUCAUCGAACGCCGCCGUCAAGACGUACGCGAUCAAGCUAAGGAAAUGGCUGAAGCUUCAAAACCUGCCGGUUCACGUCGUGCGCCCGAUUCAGAGGAACAGAUACGGCGUGCUGCAGAGCGUGAAGGUAGACGUACUCGCCGCCGUUGUGAUCGCGAGAAAAAUGAGUUGCUUAUUUCGCAUUUAGAUGGCAUGUCCAGCGAUGAUGAGACCUCAGAUCGCUACCAAGAGCAGUUGCAAAACAAUUUAGACCAAAUCCAAAAAGAAUCUGAAGCUAUAUUCAACGAUGUAAACGAUGACUUUUAUAAAGUCGAACUAAUCUUAAUGAAAUUGUAUGCUUGGCGCAAAACCGACAUCAACUCCUACAAAGACGCAUUUGUUAGUUUGUGUUUGCCUAAGAUCCUGGGUCCUCUUGUGCGUUUUGAAAUGCUGUUCUGGUCGCCGCUGCUGGAAGAGUACAAAGAUAUAGAAAAAUUGAAUUGGUACUCAGCCUGUAUGCUUUAUGCUUGGAGUCAGGAGGAGACCGAGUCGUCUUUAAGACUUGACCCCGAUGUUAAUUUGGUGCCGACAAUUAUUGAGAAAAUUGUUUUGCCUAAAGUAACUGAUAUUGUCAAUCAAUGUUGGGAUCCACUAUCAACAACACAAACAUUGCGUUUAAUCGGUUUUAUAAAUCGUUUAGGACGUGAUUUUCCCCUUAAAGAAACAUCAAGACAGUUGCAGCAAUUGUUUGAGAAGAUUUUAGAAAAAAUGAAGUUGGCUUUGGAUAACGAUGUCUUUAUACCAAUUUUUCCCAAGCAAGUGCAAGAGGCAAAGACUUCGUUCUUUCAGCGUCAAUUUUGCAGUGGUCUCAAACUGUUUAGAAAUUUUCUAAGCUGGCAGGGUAUUGUUGCUGAUAAACCUUUGCGUGAAUUAGCAAUAGGUUCAUUGUUGAACCGCUAUCUACUGCUCGCUAUGAGAGUUUGCACAGCCAAUGAUGCGAUAAGUAAGGCUUAUAUAAUUGUUAAUACAUUGCCAACAGUGUGGCUACAACCAGAAUCGGAAACAUUGCAGAAUCUCCAACUACUAAUUGCCUACAUAAAGCAGACUUUGGAUGCCUUUGAUGCAAAGAAUCCACUUUUUAUCCAAACCUGCGAUAAAGCAAAGCAAAUUCUGCAACGAUUACAUAGCUAUUAAUUAGUUCGCACAUUAUGAGGUACUUACGCAUAAAAUUAUAUCACGGCUGCUUGACGUUUAUCCCAAUAUGGUACAACAGUUGCGAUUCCCUGCGCUAUGUAUAUAUUUGUAGUUGACCUAGACCUAGUUGAUACUAUUAUAGAUGUUUAACUAAAUAGCUAUAAGCAAUUUUUCAGACUCCAUAGAAUUUCAAAUAAAAAUAAAACACUGUAACGAUUGAA